CCAAAUUGCAGCCAAAAUGGUUUACAUUUUAUAGCUAUGAAAUUCUUUCUCACAAGUUCCUUCUUCCUUUUAAGAUAUUUUUUAAAGAUUAAAGUUACUUACAAGAAAAAUGUGAAAACUGCCACAUGAUGAGAUGUCAAGCUUUUAUGAAGCUUCAUCAAGAUCAUGUGAAAUUUAGUAAAGAAUAGGUAUUAAAUCUAGAGUUUGAGCCCAUGAAGCUGCUGAUACUGCAAUCAGGAGAUAAUCACUUCUGCAAAACAAAGGUAUCUUGUGUUGAUGCUUUAGUUGACUGACACAUUGAUUUUAGAUGUUUAAUGUGUGUGUCACCACAGCUUCACCAGAGAAAUGAGGUAUGACCCUUACGCAGCACUGUAGUUUUGACUUUGUUCCAAAAAUGAAGAUUAGAUAAUAGAUUACUGUCAUCAACUGAAGUAUGUCCUCCCUUACUUUGCUUGCAAAGACACUGAAGUAAAGUAAAUCAACAGAUGUAAGAUGCAAAACAAAGUUGAGAGAUUAAGAUUGAAAGAACAAAUACAGCAAAACCACAGAGUAAAAGGUUAUGGAGUCUGUAAAUCACAAUUUGGUCAUGAAAUCUUUUUUUAUAUGUAAUAGACUAAGACUACUUAAAAUUGACUCAAUCAUUGGAUUAAUGAUGAAAACAAAAGGAUGUGUGAAGAGGGGUUGAUUAAUGGCAUUAGUUGUGAAUUGGUCUUCUUAAUGGAAACUACAAUGAACAAUUGAAAUACUCAAUCCACAUUUUAUCAUUGUAAAAACACUGCUGAACCAACCAGAGCUUUUUAACAAAUGUCUAAACCAAUGACACCUUCAGGACCAUCCACAGAGCCAAUCACAGCCUCAGAGGACAAUUCUGAGCCAAUCAGAGCUCAGGACUCUGAUAGCGCUCAGCUUGAGGUAAUGAGACCUCAGCUGUUCAGAUAUUUGGGAAGCCAGGGAAUAUUUGGGAGUUAAAUUGUUUGGGGGAAACUAGACUGGAAAUGGAAAGCAGUACUAGGCAUGAAAACAAUAAAAAGUGGCAAGAAUACUGAGACCAAGGAGAAAAAUAAGGUGAAAUAAAAUACAAGCAGAGGAAACCUCAGGCUAAAAGAUACGAGAUUUUGGUUGUGUCUGCAAGGAUGAAGUUGGGUGAGAAGAAGGCAGCGCUGCUGGCCAUCACAGAAAACAUUGAGAUGGAGCUGUUCUCUUCAGAGGAACCAUGCGUGGUGAUAUCCACACAGGAGAAGGAGGAAGAACACAUCUUUCACCAGAGACACCUGGAGCAUCCUCUGGUCCCUGACUGUGAGGAAGAACCAGAGCCUGAGGUUCAGAUCCAAACCAGGCAGCAGGCCAAGCCCAAAACAGAGCCCCCUGCAAGGACAGAGACUGAGCACUAUACCCCUGACCCAAGCUUCAUGGACGAAAUAGAGAUAGAAAUGGAGGUCUUUCCUCCCCCCCGAGUGUCCGAGUGUGAGCUAGUGGAGAUAAAGUCAGAUGAUUCUUCUAUCAUGACCCCACCAUCACCAAAUAAAAUUAGUCGUCUCAAAUGGAAGAGACUGGUUCCACAGAAGACAGGACUGGUGGUCAAAGAUGUGGUCUGUCUACCCAGAGGACUCUACCUGGCACAGCUGGAGAGACAUAUUGUUCCACGAAGCAAAGAACGAGCAGCUCUAGCGGCCAUGGGAAUGACCGCUCGUAUCACCAUUGACUAUAGUUGGUCAGCCAGUCAGAUGGAGAGUCGGCUGGCGAUGCUCCUCAGGGGUCAGUUUGUAAAACGGGCAGGACAAAGGUUCUCCUUCACAUAUCUACAGUGUGUGCAGGGCUCCAGGGUGCUGUUUGUCCCAGACACUCCUGCAGAGGGCUGGACUGGAGAGCAGGUUCUAAGGAUCUCUGGACAUGGCCCUUUGUAUAUCUUCACCCACCAGGACUACCCACAAGCAGAAUCUGAGAGGUCAGCAAGGGAGACACCUGUGGUGAACAGGAAGGAGUUUUGUCUUGAGGCAAGUACAGAGAGCUGCCAAGAUGAAGACAAUCAGAUAGGAAGACAGACCCAGGCUCGUGUUCGCAGGACCACAGAGGAGUUCACACUGGACCUGGACACCGUCCUGAGGCUGUUCAGACAGGAGAACAUGGAUCGAGAUGUAGAAACCCACAUCCAAGUGAGGAGGAGAGACCUGCUCCGCAGCGCUCUGAAGGUGGUGAGGAGGCCGGAUUUCUGUUUCAGGAAGACGCCCAUCAUUUCCUUCAGUGGAGAGGACACUGCUGGCCAUGAGGGACCUCUCAGAGAGUUCUUCAGGUUGACUCUUCUUGAGCUGCAGCAAAGCUCUGUCUUUGAGGGUCAUCCAGGACGCCUGUUUUUGACCUAUGACCUCACAGCUCUCGAAGAUAGAAAGUAUUACGAAGCAGGUGUUCUGAUCGGGUGGUCUCUUGCUCAUGGCGGACCUGGUCCUCGUUGUCUACACCCUGCACUCUACCAGUUUAUGUGUGACCACAAUCCAUCUUUGGUGGACUUCAGCUGGACAGACAUUGUUGAUGCUGAAGUACAGAUCCGACUGCAACAGCUGCACAGUUGUGCUGAUGUGAAGCUGCUGUCUCCCAGUCUGUGUGACUGGGUAUCAAGCUGUGGGAUUCCUGGAAUCUAUUCAGCCCGUUCUGAUGAAAUACCAGCCAUCUAUAUCCGCCUGGUCAAACACUACAUCUACCACAGGGUGGCCAGUAUGAUCUCCCAGUUCACUGAUGGGCUGAACAGUUGUGGUGGAUUGUGGGAUAUGGUACAGUCCCACUGGGAGGCAUUUGUACCAGUGAUGACAAGCAUGCAACAGGAGCCUCUGACCCUGGAAGAGUUUAAACAGCUAUUCACCGUCUGCUACAGUCAUCAAGACAGUCAACUGAGGGCAGCUGAGGAGGCGACAGCCAAACACUGGGAAACAGUCCUUACCUUCAUCAGCAAUGGUGAGGCAGAUUUUUCCUUUGAAGACAUCCUCGCCUUCAUCACAGGAGCUGAUCAUUUGCCUCCUCUUGGGUUCCCCAGGUUGAUCUCCCUGCGUUUUUACUCCCAGGAUGGUCUUCCCCAUGCCUCCACCUGUGCUCUGGAGCUCUUCCUGCCAAGGGCAGUGGUGAGGGCUAAGGAUCUGUUAGCCCUGCUGAGCAGAGCUGUGCACGAGGCCAUGGGCUUUACAUGUCUCCAAACAGAGGGAGAAGGAGAGGAUAUCUGCACAGAAAUGAUGACAAGUUUAGGAGCUGGAAGCCCUCCUGGACACCUUGUGUCCUGCUAAGUCUGAAUUUGUGGAACUCAAGAGGUUUCUGCAGGAUAUCAGCAAUGUAACUGAGAAAGCCCACACCACAAUGAGCAGUAAAAAUGCUUGUCUGCGAGAAGUUAGAUGCAUUAGUCAGUAUAAAUCAGGUGACUUGAUGAAGAAGCCUAGACCAGUGUUUGUAAUAUAAGCUGUGCACAUACUACUGGUUUGUUUGUGUCAUGGAAAAAAUUAUGUCUUUUGGAGGAGUAGGAGGAAAUUAAAUUCUGAUAAUGAACCUGGA